GCUGUGUCACAGAAUUCGUUUGUUGGCGAAAGCUUGGUGAUCCAGGGCAGUUUGCGGAGCCAAGACCUCGAGAAGCAGAACAGGACCAACGGCUUGGUGGCUGGUGGCGCCGACGGCUUUGUGAACCACCUUCUCUUCGUGGAUUACCAGGCCGACAGCUCCUCCUACUACAGGACCGAAGGCUUCUUCGAGGACAAGACCAGCUUCUUCGAGUACGAGACCAACGGCUUCUUCGAGUACAAGACCAGCUUCUUUGUGGACGAGACCAACAGCUUCUUCGAGUACAAGACCGACGGCUUUGUGGAGCACAGCGUCUACUACAUCCUUGCCGGGCUGGUGGAAACAAUGUCUUCCUCAACGGCACCUACGAUGAGCUCCAAGAACGAGAAUGACAACUACUACCAGGACGAGGAUGCUUCAGUUCCCCCAAGCGAGCAGACAUCUUGGGGCUCUUCCUGGUGGACAGAUGAUGGCUGGGAAGAUGGCUAUGAUGAGCCUUCCUGGUAUGAGUAUGACGAGACAGGCCAUGAGGAUUACUACGAUGGAGAAGAGGAGUACUGGCCUGAAGAAGGAGAAGGAGAUCCAGCUGAUGAUCAUCACCGGGCCGAUUGGAGCUAUCCUGUCAAAGGAGGCAAAGGGAAGCGGCCCAAGGGGAAUGCCAUGGGUGUUGGCUGCUCUGUUUGUGGCAGUAAGUGGCACCAUGCUACAUCGUGCCCUGUCGGCGGCAAGGCUGGCAAGGGCGGCUUCGGUUCUAAAGGCCACGAGAAAGGCAACAAAGGAGGCUACGGAAAAGGCUUCCGGCGACCUUGGACUCCGAAAGGAAAAGGCUACGGCAAAUGGAGCCCCUGGAGCUCGAAAGGCUCUAAGGGCAAGUCCAAGGGCAAGAGCAAGUGGCGUGGCUAUGCUGAGUACCCUGAUGACUACAACCACGAAAAGAACUUGGCCGCGCACUUCGGCACGGAUACCUUUGCUGCCUUUCCGAGCCGAUCCUCGCUACGACCUGAAGUCUUCAAGAUGGACAAGGACGACCCGGAGUUCCUAGGCAAGAAGUCGAGAGUGACCUUCGAGGACCGGCCCGACGAUGCAGAGGAUGCCCAGGACCAGAACCACAACAACCAGAGCAGCAAGAACCUGGCCUUCAACUUCCCUGUCACGCUGUACGCGGACCGGGAGCACUUCCAUAUGAUUGAAGGACACAAGAGAAGAGGCUUGCUGGUGGAUCCUGGGGCCAGCAAUGGUCUCAUUGGCUCAGAGACCCUACGAGACAUUGUGGACACAUGUUUGCCCGAGAAGGAAAAGAAGAUGAUCCAGUGGAGCAGCAAAGUGGCCAAUGUCUCCGGCAUCUCUGGAGCCAAGGACCAGGGCACCUUCACGGCAGAUGUCCUUGGGGGCGAGGGCAGUCUUUGCCCCGCGCUUUUGUCCAAUCCAGCUUUGAGGAAGAUGAGCUCAGUGAUCUACAGCAACUUCUUCGACAACGGCGAUGGCUUGCUGGCCUGCCACCCUCGUGGCGGGGAACCUCAGGGCCAGGAUGUUACCUGGUCCCACUUCCGUCUUCUGCUCACAGAUUCUGGCCAUUACCUUCUGCCGGUGGACCGAGGGCCGAACAUGGUUUCUGACGAGGCCAAGGCAAAAGCCACGACCUUCCUUCAGAGCUCAGUUGAUGUGGCACGCAAGAAAUGGAAGGAUGUUCGGCACUUUUUCUUCGGCGCAAGGAAUGCGGAACUUGAGCGGAGUGAAGUUUUCUUUGAAGCGAACGAGGAGGCAAAGAUGCAAGAACACAGUGUCCGUCGUGAUUCAGCAGAAGUUCCAGAACACAGUGUCCCACAGGUUGAUGUUAACGAUGCCGCAGGGGGUCAGGACAUGUCACCGUCCAGAACAAGGCACGCUAGUGUCCGUGGUCUGUUUUUGCUCUCAGCCGAUGAUCCUAUGCAGACCUGGCGUGCAGUGGAUGAGUGGACUCUCUUUGGCAAUGUUUUGGUCAGGCAUCACCACAGACCUCGCAGGGCACUAUUCACUCCUGGUUGCACGAAGGACUGUCCGGUAUCUUCGCAGCUUCUCUCUGGUCGUCGAGAAACAACUUGGUGCUGCGAUGGUGUCACGAAGGUUUUCAAAGACUCAUGGACCAAGGCGAAUCAUCCUCACCGUGAUCUUGGUCAGUUGUGGACAGGCCAAACCAAGUUCUACCUUCGGGACGAGGCUACAAGUCCCAAGACAGUCUCUUCUAUUGCUGAUGAGACUGGUGAGAUGCCCUGGGAGGACUUUGGGGAGUACCAGAAAGAUUGCUUCCCCGAGCACUGGACCUCAGUGGAGGUGAAACGUCAUGAACGACGAUAUGGACUUCUUGAGGCACGACAGGGUUUACGCUUUGGAAUAGAGCAGCCCCUGAACUCGACCAUGUUCACUUGCAAGAACAGCCCGCUCUACGAUAUCUACGACAUCCCCGGCACUCGCAAGCGGCAACAAGUGGACCAGUGUUUUCAUGGAUGUGCCAAUGACCAAGGACAACCAAUAAGGAAAGCCACUGCCAUCGUUAGCAACGUGAAGCACUACAAGACAGCAAAGCGAUGCAACGGGCAUCGUGGUCGAGGCCACGUUGCUCAAGGCAGUCCUGCUUUGGGCGUGAAUUUCGCGAGCAAGUCCCUGGUGUAUCCUCGGCGGAUGUGCCAUGCACUGGUGGAUGAUGUCUGGAAGUCUCUGCGAAGUUCUGAGGUGCAGGUGAAGCAAUGGCCUUCCGAACUGCUCCUCCAUGCCAACUUCUCUGGCUACAAGUGUGAACGUUGUCAGCUGGGUCGAGCUGCUUUGCCAUUCAUGGAGCACUCGCUCAUUCCUGGCGAAUGUCGGCAUGCGCAAAGACCACCUGGGAAACGACGUCAACCACUACGACCUGCUGACCCGUUGUCCACUUUCAAGCGCAAGGCUCGCGAGAAGGAUCUGGAAGGGAUCGUGUUGGAAACACCAGCAGACAUCUUCCUUCCAGUACAGGCAUCGCUCUACCUGAAGUAUACGUUGCUGAUGAUGGUGCAAGACUCUGUGGCUCUUUUCACCGAGGCGGUGGAACGACAGCUGGACUAUGUGCACUGGGUCACGGAUCCCGUUCACAAGACCAUGUUCCAAGAGAUCUUCCAGAAGGAGAUGAACGUGAAAGGCGUGGCCUGUGCUCUCAGGCCAUUUCAUUGUAUGGUUCCUGAGCCUAAGCUGUCGUCCAAGACCUCGCCACUUCGCUUGCAAAUACGUGGUGAUGUGAAGCGGUGGCAAAUCAUGGAGCUAGAGGACUUCCGUCUGCUGAGCCAUUCGCAACAGCACCAGCCCAUCGAGGAGAUCAACUGGCUUGUUACGCUGUUCGGUUCUGACCCAGAGGAAAAGGACCCUUCAGCGAAGGUGGCUGCAGACGAAGAGCCCGGGGCUAUCCCAGCUACACCUACGAAAGCUAGCCACCGCUCCAAGGCUUCCUCCUCUAAAGAUGUACUACCGGAACCUGCCUCCAAAGACAAGGUUCCCGAUGAUCCGGAGGAAGUUGAGGAGAUUGAAGAGACGUUUGAGGGUGCGCCGCAGAAAGAGCUCAAGCCACUGUACUCCUUCAAGAAAGUGUUCAAGAGGCUGAUCCAGAUUGCGGAGACAGCCACGAGUUUUGCAGUUCUCCCAGAUGCUGUACAAGAGGCAGUUCAACAACUGCGGAAAAGGGCCGAGGCGCAGAGACCAUACAAGGUUUCAAUUGUCGGAUGGGUCAUGGACAGAGCUGACGGACAGCAGGUUUGGCGACGAGCUUCCAGUUCGUUUCCUCAAUACGAAGAGAUCAUGGAGUACGCGACCUUGGUGGCACGUCACUUCAGUGAUCGUCCCUUCGGCGGUGUGGCUAUCGGACAAGGAGUACGACAUCUACGACCUCCACCUCACUCCAUUGGUGUUUUGUUGCUUUGGGCGCAAGGAUCGGAACAAUAUGCAUCACAAGAACAUUGGUCAUCCACUACGCUGAAGAUCAAGGAUAUGGUGCCAUUUCCGGUCGAGGACGCAUGCUUUGUGUACCUCUUCUACUACAACCAUGUUGGUGAAGAAGUCAGAUCCAUGGCGGUGAAGGAACCUUCGGAUGUCAUUCCUACGGUGCCUAUGGAGCUUGACUCAUUGGAGCCAGCCAUGGACACCUCGGACCUUAUCGACCACAAGCGCAAGGGUCCGGAGACUCGCACGGUUAUCAUCGGCCAGGAGUCUAAGAAACAGCGAACUGAUUCGUUGGAUUCGUUGGUGCUGAAGACGUUGAACUCAGAGGACUACGACAUCGACUACCUCCACCAGUUGUACUGGCUUGCCAGUCGCCACAGGAAGUUCAAUCUGGGCGUUCAACCUCAACUUUCUUCAGCAUGCAACAUGGCACUCUUUUCACUCCUGGCGCGCAUCGAACACCUUCGACACGCCAACCGUAUUGUCCAAAAGGCCAAGCACCCCGACCACCUCGACCUGGGCCUCCACUACCGGUUCUUAGGGGGCAAGCUACGCCUACUCUGCAUCCACGAUGCCAGCUCUGCGAACAAGGACCGAAACUACGCUCAGGAGGGCAUCCUGGUGCUACUCUGCGAAGACAACUUCUUCGUUGGCAAGGACGUCUACAAAGUGGAAGCCAGUGACAGCCUCACGGCGAACCUCGGUGGAAAGGACACGAUCCUGGAAAAGGACGACACGCUGCUGGAGAACUUCUUCCUGCUGUUGUUUGUCGGCUACCUCAGCGACCUCUACGUCUACGACAUCAGCUACUACGACCUCGACUUCUUCGUCUUCGAUGUCAACAUGGUGACUGCUGCCUACAUGGUCUUCGUCAACUACUACGAGUUCUUCGACCUCGGCGACUACGGACGAGACAGGACUCGACUGGACGAGUCUACGGCGAAAAUCGCCAGGCUGGAGCGUCGCAUAC